AUGUACCAUAUACAUAGCAACAUAAUGAUAACAUUCAUAUUACUCCUACUGCCUUUAUUUAGUAAACUCAAAUCAGCAUCCGCAGAGUCCACUUCAAGUAUAUGGAAACCGUUUCCAACGUUAGAUAUCGGUACCAUUAACGAUGGCGUAUAUUAUGUCAAUGUGACGAUAGGCUCUCCGCCUCAACAGGAAAUGUUGCGAAUCGACACUUCACAACCCUUCGUUUGGGUCCUUUCUGGAGCAGAUGAUAAACAAUGUAAUCGAUUAGAUAGUGGAUGUCUUUCAGGGAAUAGAUUUUAUCCCGAAGAAUCUACAACGGGUGAAAGCGCAACUAAUAGCACUAUCUAUAGCCUUAAUUUCCUCGACACUUUUAGAGUUAAUGGUAGUAUCGUGGUGGAUAAUUUAAAUUUCACCAACACUGAUAUCACGGCAGCUUUAGAUUAUACCACAUUUAAUUCUAGCAAGAAUAAUUCUAUUAUUGACAUUGGAGAUGAUUUUCUUGUGAUCAAAAAUUUUGGGUUUAUUAAUGCCGAAGACUCAUAUCCAACAGAUAUGGGUUCGUUAGGUUUAAGCAGCACAUUUAAUGAGACAUUGAACUAUUCUCCUAGUGGUAAUUUUAAUACAUCCUUUUCAAUGUUAGCAAUGCUAGCGGAGUCUGGUUUAAUUGACUCCCAAUCGUAUUCUCUAUGGCUAGGGAAUGGUGCGGAAAGGGAUACUCAAUUAUCCUCUCAGCGUACACCAGAUCCACAAUAUAAUAAUGGGAAGUUAUUAUUGGGUUCUGUAGAUCCAAGCCUUUUCAAGGAACCCUUUUAUCAAUUUGAUGUACUCCCUUAUGUGGAUCCAAAUACUCAAAUUGAAAGUUUUAGUUUUCCAGUUAUUCCAAUGAAUGCAAUUUAUAUAGUCUCUAAGACCGGUACAGGAACCAACGUUACUUCAGAAGAUUUCUUAGAGCCAGUUCUAUUAAAUUCAAAUUUUCGUUCUAACUAUUUACCCUUAAAUUCCAUUAUUCAAAUUGCCAUUCAAGUGGGGGCCACUUAUGUGGAAUCUCUGGAUAGAUGGCUUCUUCCAUGUUCUAUCGCCAAUGAAAAUGUUCAUUUUGAAUUCACUUUUGAUAAGCUUAAUAUUAAGGCUCCUCUAAUAGAUUUCUUAGAAAGUACUUUUGAUUCAACUACAAAUACAUCCAUGCAUUUCUCAGAUAACAGUGAAGCAUGCUUUUUGAAACUUUAUCCCAACACUUAUGUUGGCUUUAACGCCCUGGGGAGACCAUUUUUGAAGAGUGUAUAUUUGGCAGUUGAACAAGAAGGACGUAUUGUUGGUAUGGCACAAGCUGUGCAAGAAAUGAACUCAACUUUCCUAAAUGCCGAUGUCGUUCCAGCAACAACCCGGAUUGCAUCUUCUAAAAAGUCAGUAUCGUCGUCAAGUUUAAAAAUAACAGCAACAACAACAAGUUCUUUCUCGAUACCCUCAGAAAUAUUCACGGUGUCCUAUAAAGGGAAUGGGAAAACUAGCAGCAUGUCAAGCACUUUAAACACAACAUUCGGUAUAGCUGCUAUGUCCUCAGGUUACAUACCUUAUGCCACAUAUAUUAACAUUACCGAUGUCGAUUUGAGCCUCUCGCCUUCAAGUGCAUCUGGAUAUCUUUUGACCGUUCCAGGUCAAUUUACAGCCACAGUUUAUUCUAAUGGCAUUAUUGUUGGUCCUGGAAGAUCAUUUUAUGUGACAUCUACGUCCACUACUACAAGGAGUUCAUCAUCCAUGUUUGACAGUAUCUCAUUGACUGCUUUUUCUGAUCUAGCAAGUUCUACAGAAGUUACGAGGGUGGCUAAUGUUGGAAAUAAGAGAAAUACUAUAGAGUAUAAAUUUGAUGGACUAUCGAAGACUGUCUGGUGUAUGUUGCUGCUCUUCGUUGGUGGUUUUAUGAUCAAUAUCUUUAUGUAG